CGAUUACUGGGCAGGCUCAGUCUUUCGCCUCAGUCUCGAGCUCUAGCUGGCAGCCAAGCAUACGAGCUCUGCGAUCGGCGGCCGCCAUCGACGUUGCUUCGUUUCCUCAGGGCUCAUCUGCGCCACUCGCUCGCCACACACUCCGCAGUCAUAAGCCGCUAUCAUGGUAAAGCUUGCAAAGGCCGGUAAAAAUCAAGGUGACCCCAAGAAAAUGGCUCCUCCCCCAAAGGAGGUAGAAGAAGAUAGUGAAGAUGAGGAAAUGUCAGAAGAUGAAGAGGAUGAUAGCAGUGGAGAAGAGGUUGUUAUUCCUCAGAAAAAAGGCAAAAAGGCUACCACAACUCCAGCAAAGAAGAUGAUGGUUUCCCCAACAAAAAAGGUUGCAGUUGCCACACCGGCAAAGAAAGCAGUUGUCACCCCUGGCAAAAAGACAGCUGCUACGCCAGCCAAGAAGACAGUUACACCUGCCAAAGCAGUAGCAACACCUGGCAAAAAGGGGGCCACACCAGGCAAAGCAUUGGUAGCAACCCCUGGUAAGAAGGGAGCGGCCGCUCCAGCCAAGGGUGCAAAGAACGGCAAGAAUGCCAAGAAGGAAGACAGUGAUGAGGAGGAUGAAGAUGACAGUGCAGAGGAGGAUGAGGAGGAUGAAGAGGAGGAUGAGGAUGAAUUCGAGCCAGCGGUGGUGAAAGCAGCAGCUGCUGCCCCUGCCUCGGAUGACGAGGACGACGAGGACGAUGAGGACGAUGAAGAGGAUGACGAGGACGACGACGACGACGAGGAUGACUCUGAAGAAGAAGCUAUGGAGACUGCACCAGCCAAAGGAAAGAAAGCUCCAGCAAAAGCUGCUCCUGUGAAGGCAAAGAGCACUGAUGAAGAUGAAGAGGAUGACGAGGAUGACGAGGAGGAGGACGAUGAGGAUGAGGACGAAGAUGAGGAGGAGGACGAGGAGGAGGAGGAAGAGGAGGAAGAACUUGUCAAAGAAGCACCUGGAAAACGAAAGAAGGAAAUGGCCAAACAAAAAGCAGCUCCUGAAGCCAAGAAACAGAAAGUGGAAGCCACAGAACCAACUACAUCUUUCAAUCUCUUUGUUGGAAACCUGAACUUCAGUAAAUCUGCUCCUGAAUUGAAAACGGGUAUCAGUGACAUUUUUGCUAAAAAUGAUCUUGCAGUUGUUGAUGUCAGAAUUGGUGUGUCUAGGAAGUUUGGCUAUGUGGAUUUUGAAUCUGCUGAAGACCUGGAAAAAGCCUUGGAGCUCACUGGUUUAAAAGUCUUUGGCAAUGAAAUUAAACUAGAAAAACCAAAGGGAAAAGACAGUAAGAAAGAACGAGAUGCGAGAACACUUUUGGCUAAAAAUCUUCCUUAUAAAGUUACUCAGGAAGAAUUAAAAGAAGUGUUUGAAGAUGCUGUGGAGAUCAGAUUAGUCAGCAAGGAUGGAAAGAGUAAAGGGAUUGCUUAUAUUGAAUUUAAGACAGAAGCUGAUGCAGAGAAAACCUUGGAAGAAAAGCAGGGAACAGAGAUAGAUGGGCGAUCCAUUUCCCUGUACUAUACUGGAGAGAAAGGUCAAAGUCAAGACCAUAGAGGUGGAAAGAAUAGCACUUGGACUGGUGAAUCAAAAACCCUGGUUUUAAGCAACCUCUCCUAUAGUGCAACGGAAGAAACUCUUCAGGAAGUAUUUGAGAAGGCAACGUUUAUCAAAGUGCCCCAGAACCAAAGUGGCAAAUCUAAAGGGUAUGCAUUUAUAGAAUUUGCGUCAUUUGAAGAUGCUAAAGAAGCUUUAAAUUCAUGUAAUAAAAGGGAAAUUGAGGGCAGAGCCAUCAGGCUGGAGUUGCAAGGACCCAGGGGUUCACCUAAUGCAAGAAGCCAGCCAUCCAAAACUCUGUUUGUCAAAGGUCUGUCUGAGGAUACUACAGAAGAGACAUUAAAGGAGUCGUUUGAUGGCUCUGUUCGUGCAAGGAUAGUCACUGACCGGGAGACUGGAUCCUCCAAGGGGUUUGGUUUUGUAGACUUCAACAGUGAGGAGGAGGCCAAAGCUGCCAAGGAGGCCAUGGAAGAUGGUGAAAUCGAUGGAAACAAAGUUACUUUGGACUGGGCCAAGCCUAAGGGUGAAGGUGGCUUCGGUGGCCGAGGAGGAGGCAGAGGUGGCUUUGGUGGCCGAGGAGGUGGCCGAGGUGGCGGCCGAGGUGGAUUUGGAGGCCGAGGCCGGGGAGGCUUUGGAGGGCGAGGAGGCUUCCGAGGAGGCAGAGGAGGAGGAGGAGACCACAAGCCACAAGGAAAGAAGACAAAGUUUGAAUAGUUUCUUCUAUCCCUGUCUUCCCCUCUUCCAUUUGAAAGAAAGGACUCUGAGGUUUUUACUCUGUUACCUGCUCAACGACAGAGCCUUCUGAGGACAUUCCAAGACAGUAUACAGCCCUGUGGUCUACUUGGAAAUCCGUAUAGAUAACAUUUCAAGGGAGAUAACCCUGUUGGUGUUGACUGGAUAUUCGUAUAAACUUUUUAAAGAGAUGAGUGAUAGAGCUAACCCUUAUCUGUAAGUUUUGAAUUUAUAUUGUUUCCCCCCAUGUACAAAACCAUUUUUUUCCUACGGAGUUUUUUGGUUUUGUUUUUUUGUUUUUGUUUUUUUGCAUUGGUGGGUUAUAAAGGAAAGCAGAAUGUUUUAUCAUGAUUUUUGCUUUAGCAACUUUGGGACAAAUUAAAAGUCCUAAACUCUG